AUGGCUAGUCAAAUAAUGUUCAACUCUAUGAAAUGGUCUCUUUAUCCAACCGACUCUUUUGAGCACUUCACAUUUGAGGUGCCCUUGUUGAAUUACACUUUGCCUCACGUCUAUCCAGUCUUUGCCAUUACACAAGACGAGGAACCUAUUGUACACGAUUCCCCCAAUCUCAAUAAUAACGGCGGUAUUUUAGCCAACUUUCGCGGCCUCACCCUUGCUCUAUUGCAAUCGAUUACCACGUCGGGUCUUAUCGGUUACUACGGUCGCUUUCUGGGCUUUAAAUAUCACAUCUUCGCAAGAUUGCUCCGUUCCCUUUUAAUGGUUCAGUUCUCCACACUAUGGUUGCACCUCGUCAUCGCUCAAACCGACCGGCCGUUCUGGAGCCGUGUGCCUCCCUUUAAGCGUACUUUACAGGCAACCUGGCGAGCGACUAUCCUUCACUGGGCUGCAGUAGAGCUUACGGGGCUGUUUCCUUCCAUGGUCGCUUCGCGGAUGAAUAUUGAUUGGCCCUCUCCCGGUCUCUUUGGGCCGGACAAUACCUACAGCUUUCGCCUAGACAUGGCCGCUGGCGAUGCUAUCUUCUAUUUCAAGUGUGCCGCCGUCAUUUUCGCCACCGUCGUCGGCUCCAUAUCGUUGUCCCUAGCUUCUCUUCUCCCUGUGGAAGACAGCACCAUUAUUCCCUUUGACCGUUCUUUCAAGGGUCGGCGGGGGUUGAUAAUUCUUUCCUUUAAGAUCAUCAUUCUUUCUCUGUCGCUGAUCUUAUUGAUGUGCGCGGUCAUCAGUUUGCAGUGGGUUAUGAUUGUGACGCAAUCUAUGGAGAUAAACGAGUAUCUCUAG